AUCCCCCUCGAGGCUGCAACCCUUAUGCUCUCAUCUGCUCGGAAGCAGCUCUCCAAUGAACUUGGCGGGACUGACUUCCGAACAGGCACGCACAAGAUCGGGCUCCGGCUUUUGUUUUUUAAUUUGAAAAAAGCGUCUCCUUCGGCCUCCCCCACCUCGGGCGCAAAAACACCAUCGCGCAGAGAAAAAACGCUGCAGCGACGCCGAUUUGCAAACGUCGCGGGGGGACCGAGGAGGAGCUCCCCUUCCCGAUUACAAAUCUGCUAUCUCUGCAUCCACCUGCAAUCCUGCCCACUUGGGCCAUCCUUCCCCAAACGAAUAGCUACCAUCGCUCUGCCUAGAUGGGGAUGCGGGAGGAGACCUUCAGCUCCGGGGAUUAAAGCGGCUCCGCGCCGUCGUGCCGCCUCCCGAAAGACCUACAUGGGCAAGGCGGAGGAGGCAAAGCGGGCCAGCAGCGCAAGCGGGGCACAUCCCGCGCCGCCCGCGCGUCCGCCGGAAGGAGGCGAGGCGAGACGGAGGCUGGAGCAGCCCAGCGCCGCGCCCCUCUCGGCUCCCGUGACGUCGAACAAUGCCAGUGCCACGCAGCCCCGGCGAGCAGCGAGGCAGAUCCCGCAGCCGCGAUCUCGUGCUCCGGCAGCUAUGCACUUCGCCGCGGGGAUCUGUUUCUUCCUCCAGGCUUUCGCCCUCGUAACCCUCCGGGCGGACGGGCAGAAGAAGGAGGAGGGCGCCUCCGCCGACGAAGUUCAAAUGGAAGUCGUGCACGUCCCCGAAAAUUGCCAUCCGAAGAGCAAGAAGGGGGACCUGCUGAAUGCCCAUUACGACGGGUACCUGGCCGGGGAGAAGUCCAAGUUCUAUUGCAGUCGAACACAAAACAACGGCCACCCAAAAUGGUUUGUCCUUGGUGUCGGACAAGUAAUUAAAGGUUUAGAUAUUGCAAUGCUGAAUAUGUGUCCUGGAGAGAAACGGAAAGUGAUCAUACCUCCAUCACUUGCUUAUGGGAAGCAAGGAUAUGAACCUGCAAAGAUUCCACCUAACGCAACACUGAUCUUUGAGAUUGAACUGUAUGCAGUAACGCAAGGACCCCGCAGUGUUGAAGCAUUUUCUCAAAUGGACCUGGAUAGUGACAAAAAACUCUCAAAACAUGAGAUAGACCAUUACCUGAAGAAGGAAUUUGAAAGAGAUGGCAAGAAACGCGACCCUUCCGUUCAUCAAGAUGUCUUGCUUGAUAUAUUUAAAAAGAAUGACCAUGACGGAGACGGCUUCAUAUCUGCCAAGGAAUAUAACGUCUACCAACACGAUGAACUAUAACAGAUCAUUGCUUAAAAGUCUGUGUGGCAGGAAUGGGGAAUCUGCAGGCCUGCCAAUGUUGUUGGACCUCUGCUCCCAUCAGCCCAAAUCAGCUUGGCCAAUGAUCAGGGAUGAGAGGGGGUGCAGUCCAAAAGCAUCUAGAAGGCCACAGGUUCCCCAUCCCUAUCUGUUUUAUGGACAUUUGGAUCCCAAUUCAGCACUUCCUCCCAUGCGCAAAUGGAGCUUUCACAAGGACGUCCCCAUGCCCUUCAGUGGAGGGGACAAGGCUUUGUUCACAGCGUUACCCACUGCAUUGAAGGUAGUAGGAAACCCUGCUAUUUGAGCCCUAAAUACACAUUGAAGUGAAGAUGUACCUGUGGAGCUGGCACUACAUUUGUAACCAAGUACACAGCUUUUUGUGAUUACACUCUUCAGCCCUGUUUGAUUUCCCUGGGAUUUGUCCAUUAGAUUAAUGGCUUUAACCAAAAUGGAAUUUCUUUGUCACAUAGUAUUUCAUGUAUGUUGGUUGUGGGAAAUGUUUUAUACCUUUUUAUCAUGAUUAAAAAUGUUACUGAAAUGAUAGGGGUGGCUCCACAUACUUUGUAAUUCUUAUGAAAUAAUCUGAAUUAAAGUUGUAAGAGUUAACGGGGAAUUUA